AUGUCUUCAACAGAACAGGAGAUUGAGGCACAAACGCAACAGAUUGCGGAAGCUGCUAAAUUGGCUUUUGACAAUAAUGAAUACUUUGAGCAAGUCUUGCAAACAAUUACAGCAAUCAGUUUGGCCCAACCAGUCGAAGAUACAACAUUACAGCUCCCAUGCAUUGAGUUCAUUUACAAGGUUUACUGCCUUAAGAAGAUCAAAUCUUUCGAUCUCAGAUGUAAAUGUUCUCCGAAAUUGAUAGAUGUACUUUGUCGAUUGAUUUUACCUCCAAGUCCAGAAGAGAGAAAGAACAGGAAGCAUAACUAUUUGAUAGUUGAGAGGUGUAUACGGAUUUUGGGGUCCUCGUAUGACCUAAUAUUUUAUCAUAUGAUUGAUAAUCCGGACAAAGAGAAAUGGUUGAAACUUUGCAGGUUAAGAGAUUUCAUAGUAUCAAAAUGGCCUAGUGCUUAUCCAUUAUUACCAUACAACCGCGAUCUUGAUUGGUCAAGAUCAAUUGGCUGUAAAAACGCUAUCACACGUUUUAUUGGUGUCAUCAUCAAAACGCACAUACCACCACCAUCUCCCAAAGGAAAGAAUUCCGAUGGUAAUGCCAUUGAUAUUUCUAUUGCACUGGUAAACAAGGAUCAUCCAUUUCUAUACAACUCGAAAAUUGGUGCUGAAGGUCAUUUAAUGCUUGGAAAGCUAUUUGCUGUUCUUAGUGAUGACAUUUUACUUCCAACACCAGUUUUCUCAACUAUAGUAUCUGUCUUGAUGGCUCUCUUUAGGUUGAGGCAUAAUGUGAUUUCUGCAAAGUUUUUGAAUUAUGCCUUGGGAUAUGAGGCCGAUUUAAGGAGAUCGCCGAAAUUUUGUUCAGACAAACUAAAAUUAAAACUCAACCGAAGAUUCAAUGAUCGGAUUGACAAGAUUCUUAUAUCGAUGCUUCUAGAUAAAGGGUUUAUAAACAGGGAUGCAAAACUUAAAACCAGAUUUGAAAAUAAACUUCACUUUUUGGUCGAUAAAGCCAAUACACAAAGAAAAAGAGGAAUCAUGAAUGAUAUGACAGAGGAAGAUGAGGAGGUGUUACAACAUUUGAGGAAGAAAAGAAAGCUAGAGAAGAAGGCGGUGAAGGAAAAAACAGUAGACUUUUACAAUGAGGCUAAAGUCGCAAGAGAUGACGAAUACAAGGCUAUAUAUUCUUUGAUAAAGCCGGGUGAUCCCUUGGAAAACUUUGACAUGUCAGCAAUUUCUGCUGAUCUCCUAUCGCAAAUGGUUAUUACUGCUCUUCGCAGUGUAGAAGUUCCGAAAUUUGUGAAAGCCUUAAAUAUAGUAGCUGAUCGAUAUAUUGAAAUAGUCACCAGAAAUGACUAUGCAGCAGCGGAUACACAACCAGUUGUGACUGAUCCUACCACAUCUUCUGCUUCAUCAAAAGCUGAUACACCAGCAACAGCUUCCGUGAAACAGGAGGAAGAUGAGAAUUCUGAGAGCUUUUCAGACGAUGAGGUGUAUACUGUACCUUUACCAAAAGCACUUAAUGAGAAGCGAACCAAGGAACAUAUUAAAGUGAUUAUUGAUAACUUUAUAGGACUAGCGGACAAAACUGUAAAGGAAGGAGGUGAACAUAUGACCAAUGAUAACUUGAACAAGUUGGCAAUCUCAAAGUGGAAGAAUGAUUCCUGGUUAAAGAUUUUAUGUCGUCUUGCAACUAGAGGAACAAACUUGAACGGAGAUGUUUCGAACUACAUCAGGGAUAAUUUACUUGCCUACUUUGAAGGUGAUAUUAAAGGAAGACUCUCCGGAGUUAUUGAGUGGCUUAAUGAAGAGUACUACAGUGCGAUGGUAAAAGUUGAUGAUUCAGGUUCAAAGGUUAAAGUUGAGGAUAAAAAGGAGGCCGAUCUUGCCGUUUAUCUUAACUAUACGGGUAAGAUCCUAGAUAAUCUGGUACCUUUUCUAGACGUUUCUGACAGGAAGAUUUUCAUAAGAUUAUUGAGUGAGCUACCAUACUUGAAUAAGGACAUGAUUUCCAAGAUAAAAUCCAUUUGCUUGGAUCCUGCAAGAGUAAAGUUGGGAUUUCAAUCACUAUUAUAUCUAAUUAUGUUCCGUCCACCAAUUUUCAAUGAAUGUAUUGAAGUUCUUAGAGAUAUGUACCAAGAAGCGUCUAAGAGUGGUAACGAAUCCCUCGAAGGUUCAUGCGUGAAACUACUAAAAAAGUAUGAUACAAAAAACAGCUACUCUUCGUAA